UAGUACCUAUAUAAAAUUAAGUUGUUGGAGUGUUAAAAAAUAAAUUUUCAACAUGACGGCAAUAUUACGCCGUUCCCUGAUCAACGCCAGUGUAUAUUCUGCUGCGGCACUACGGUUCGCGUCUACUCAACCUGAGAAAAAAGUUUUCUUUGAUGUUACCGCUGAUGGCCAGCCCUUGGGUAGAAUCGUUAUGAAGCUAAAUACGGAGGAAGUUCCAAAAACUGCAGAGAACUUUAGAGCACUAUGUACUGGGGAAAAAGGGUUCGGGUAUAAGGGUUCUUCCUUCCAUCGAAUCAUCCCUAAUUUCAUGUGUCAAGGCGGCGAUUUCACUAAUCACAACGGCACCGGUGGCAAGUCCAUUUACGGUAGAACCUUUCAAGACGAAAACUUCAAGCUCAAGCACACUGGACCUGGAAUUCUCUCAAUGGCUAACGCUGGCCCCAAUACGAAUGGAUCUCAGUUCUUUAUUACUACAACUGCUACACCCUGGCUAGACAAGAAACACGUAGUAUUUGGCUCUGUAGUUGAAGGAAUAGAUGUAGUGUCGAAAAUGGAAAGUCUAGGUUCCAAAAGCGGAAAACCCUCAAAAAAAGUUGUUAUUGCUGAAUGCGGAGAGUUAGAUUAGGUUUAUAUAAGUGAAAUAAUAAAUGUUGUGUAUAUCAGAUAGUAGAUGUUGAAAUAAGAAUUUAAGUUUAGAAAAA